AUGUCGUCGACGAACGGAGGUUUCGAGUUUUAUUCACCGGAGAACACAAACUGGAAUUUUCAAGAAGUCAGAGAAGCCACGUGGACGGCGGAGGAAAACAAACGGUUCGAGAAAGCUCUCGCCUUUCACGACGACAAAGACAAUCCAGAGAGCUGGCGAAAGAUCGCCGCUUCCAUCCCCGGAAAAACCGUAGCUGACGUCAUUAAACGGUACAAGGAGCUCGAGGAUGACGUCAGCGACAUCGAGGCCGGACUUGUCCCCAUUCCGGGAUACGGCGGCGACGCUUCUGCCGGAACCACCGGUGACUACUACUUCGGGAUGGAGAACUCUGGUUACGGUUAUGAUUACGUCGUCGGAGGGAAGAGAAGUUCGCCGGCGAUGAGUGAUGGUUUUAGGCUUCCGAUGCCGGAAAAGGAACGGAAGAAAGGAGUUCCGUGGACAGAGGAAGAACACCGACGAUUUCUAAUGGGAUUGAAGAAAUAUGGAAAAGGAGAUUGGAGAAACAUAGCAAGAAACUUUGUGACGACUCGAACGCCAACGCAAGUCGCUUCACACGCUCAAAAAUAUUUCAUUCGACAGCUCACAGAUUGUAAAGACAAACGACGAUCAAGCAUUCACGAUAUCACAACCGUUAACGUCCCCGAUGCAAACGCAUCCGCAACCGCCACAACCGCUGCGGCAACGGUCUCUCCAACUCCAUCCAGCUCUUUUGACGUUUUCCACCCUCCAAAGCCUCAUCAUAAUUUCGCGUUUGCGUCUGCGUCUAAUUAUUAUAACGCAUUUCCGCAGUGGAGUUAA